AUGCUGAGCGUAUGAACAGUUGCCGUGGCAACCUGCUUCAUCACGGGCUGCGCCUCUCACUUUGACGCAGGGACUAACCGGAAGUAGUGUGUUUGCAACCUUCCCUGACCGGAAGUGAGUGUGAUGAGCAUGGAUGCCGGCCGGUGAGACUGAAUAUUUGCGACAGUGCGGUCAUCUCCCGGAUAGUUUGUGAUUGUAUGGCCAAAGCCCGUCACUUACGGCUGCCUAGGUUACUAUUUAUCACGGGGCUGAAUGAAACCCACAGCAGUUUCUGAUAUUUAUUUUACGUCAGUACCUCCUGUCAUUGUAUUACGGUUACUGCUGUGAUAUUGUAUUCACCGAGUUCGGUAUAUUUUAAUUCACUGUCUUGCCAGUGCUGACUAUGACAUCUCCACCAUAGUCCUAACCUGACUCCCACUCAGCGCCCCCUGACUCCCACUCACCUGACUCCCACUCAGCGCCCCCUGACUCCCACUCAGCGCCCCCUGACUCCCACUCAGCGCCCUCUGACUCCCACUCAGCACCAACUCCCACUCAGCAAUGACAGCAUCCAGCUCAUGUCCUGUAGGAUUCUCCAUCCUCUUGUAAGCAGCCCAGGCAGAAUAAGAAUAAUAAUAUUCUCCCCAUUCCUGUCAGUAUUGACACUGACAGCCCGUUAACACUCUUGUGGUUUUUCUCACCCUAUAUUUUGACCACUUGGUAAAGUAGCUGCUAAUGUCAGGGCCCAUGUCUUCAGUCCUUAGUGGAUGCCCUCAAAGCCUUGUGACUUGCACCAGUGCCUGGCUGUGUGAUGCAGAGCUGAGCUCUGUGCUAAAUGUCUCAUUUUCAGAAAAUACGAAAAAGGAGGAAAAAGAUAUCACAAGGUAAGAACAAAUUGGUGGUUUGUGUUAAUCCAUGGAGCUAAUGCAGGGUUAUUAAAACUGUUGAACUGUUUUUUUUGUUGUUGUUACAUUGUUUACUUAAAAUAAUAUGACAGGUAUCAAAACAACUUUAGCUUAAAGGGACACUAUUGUCACUAGAACUGCUACAGUUCAAUGAUGUGGUUCUGGUUUCUAUAGCAUGUCCCUACAGCCUUAGUAGUGAAAUAAAGGCAGUGUUUACAUUGCUAUCAAGUAACACCUCAAGUCACAGUCACUUACACAGCCCCGAGAGGUGCUUCCUAUUUCUGUGCAGCACUGGCGUUCAGUGUCUCCACAACCUGCUUGCAGGUGCUGAACGUUGCCCCUAGAGAUGCAUUGAUUCAAUUCAUCUCUAUGAGGAGAUUUUGCUUGAUGCAGCGCGUCAUUUAGCUGCUCAUUCACAAUAGCCCAAUGCUUUUCUAUGGGCAAGUUGGUGCGGCAUUGUAGAAAAGGUGAGUCAAAUCACUUUUCCCGUGCAGUCUUAGGGAGGUUGGGGACCUAAAUAGUUGCUCACUAUAGUGUUGGGUAUAGAUGUUUGUAUUCCUACACUAUAGUGUUUCUUUUAUGAAGUAGUUUGGGUGUUUAGAUUUUGCCACUGUAGUCACACUGCUCCAUUCUCUGCCAUUUAGGAUUUAAAUCACUUUUGUUUCUAUCCAUGCAGCCCUUGUCACAUCUCCCCUGUCUGUGACCGACCCAGCCUUUAUAUAUAAAAAAAAAAAUAAAAGAAUGGUUUCACUUUCAAUAAGAUGUUAGAAGUUUUUAUCUCCUGCUCUGUAAAAUCAAACCUUAAAGGACCACUAUAGGCACCCAGACCACUUCAGCUUAAUGAAGUGGUCUGGGUGCCAGGUCCAGCUAGGGUUAACCCUUUUUUCUAUAAACAUAGCAGUUUCAGAGAAACUGCUAUGUUUAUAUUAGGGUUAAUCCACCCUCUAGUGGCUGUCUCAUUGACUGCCGCUAGAGGCGCUUGCGUGCUUCUCACUGUGAUUUGUGAAUGCUUUCCUAUGAGACUGGCUGAAUGCGUGCACGGCUCUUAAUGCGCAUUCAGCAGAGGAGGAGGAGAGCUCCUUGCCCGGCGCUGGAGAAAGAGGUAAGUUUAACCCCUUUCCUCCCACUUCAGCCCGGCGGGAGGGGGACCCUGAAGGUGGGGGCACCCUCAGGGCACUAUAGUGCCAGGAAAACAAGUAUGUUUUCCUGGCACGAUAGUGGUCCUUUAAUCACACACAGGAAACCUAUGUUGUAAUGUGUAAGUGUUUUCAUUUAAUCAACAUAUAUGGGUCUAUUUUUUAGAAAUGGAAAAAUAAUGCUCAUGACAUAGCUUACUUAGAACGUACAUUGAUACAGAUUUUUACGUAUUCUUGCACAUUUAAUACAUAUAUUUUGCCACACUCUUCUUUCACUUCAUUGCUUUAUUUGAAGGGAAUGCUGUGUGCAUUUGGAACCAGCACCAAACUUGGAGAUUGGAAGUCCAUGCUCAUUGAUCUUAUACUGUGUUGCUCAAGGAAAAGAUAGAAUUCUGAGCCUCAAUAUUUGCAGCCAAGCAAAAACCAUUGAAGUCUACAGCUUGUCACCUGAUGGGCAAGAGGAGGAGUACUUGGGAACAAGUAGAGGGGAGCACUUAUGUACAUUUCCAAGCAAUAAUGAGGAAGCAAGCUCUGUUACAUUGUACAGCACCUACCUUAAGUUGGAUUUUCCUGUGCCAUCAUGCAAAGUCAAGGUAUGUUUAGUCAGAACUUUACUACUUUGUUUAUAGGAAUACAGUUUUAUUCCUUAUACCAUAGUUUCCAGAGCCCCCUGGAAUGAUGCUCUGCCUACUGAUGUUAUCUGACAGGGGAGCCUAAUGCGCAUGCUUUCUUAUGGGCAUUUCACUGACACUGGAUGUCCCCAUGCAGUGCGUGAGUAUGCCCACCUUCAGGGGACCAAAAGUCUGUUAGGAUCCUGGAAUCAUCUCUAGUAACUGUCUGAUUGACAGCCACUAGAGGCACUCUUAGUUGUGCAAUGCAUCAUCACAGUUUCUCUAAAACUGCAUUUAUUUUACAUUGCUGGACUAAGGGGAACAGGGACACUGCACCCAGACCACUUCAAUGAGCUGAAGUGGUGUGGGUGCCUAUAGUGUCCCUUUAAUGUCACUUAGGUGCACUUUUAUUUAUAUUUUUUGCCCUUUAUUUGGGACAUUGUGUCUAUCUUCUGCCUGAAUUGCCCUCAUUGUACUUGUUAAAAGCGGAGUAUAAAUGAUGAUUAUUAAUGUGUAUAUUCGGAUAUAUCAAUUUUAUAUAAUUCCAUUUGGCUUUAUUUGACCGGAGAAUUCUUGGUUAAUGUGUUAAUAAUUAGUGAGAGUUAAUACAAAUGGCUUUUUCUUAGUUUUGUCGCCAAUUCAUGUUCUCCUCUAUUUGAUAUUGUUGGAUACACUUUUCAAAUUAUUUUUUUUAUAAACAUUUUUUUUUUUUUUUCUGUUGUGCAUGGUAUAACAAUAGGCUUAUUCAGCCACGCUAGCAAUCGUAAGCGGUAACAGGCAUAACAAUCAAAACAUGGCAUACGAAUAUACAGCACAAUUUUUAAAUUUUGUUGAGAGAAAAAGUAGACAGUGGCUAGACAUAGUAAUUAUCAUGUGAGCUUUCCUGUCUUACAUGCACAUUUUUAAGGAGUUAAUAUAACAAGAGUCAUCAAUAUCUGUUACUGUCGUGUUAGGUCUUUAAGGUGAGAUAGCUUAAACAUGUUACACCACGCUAAAUGCAAUAACACAGUUGGUCUUAAUUGUGCAUAAAUGGGAAAUCUGCCUUGUAUAUACUAUCGACAGGUCUGAUCUACAAUAUCACAGGUUAGGUAUAGUUUUAAGGCUCAUCAUAAGUGUGAAUCUGCGCUGGAUCAGCAUUUAUGGGAUACAGUCUAAUUAUAGCGAUGCAUGGCAUGGGAGCCUUUAUGUAAAGCUAAGUUAGCAUGAGAAGAAUGUGAGAGUAAAUGGUGGAAAAAGACAUAGCAGGCUUGAGCUAGUAAAAACAUUUAAACGACAACUGGUGGCAAAGAGAACUGGGUAAUUAAGCCAUUCAGCACUGGCAAUGGAGGAGUGAUCUGUCCUGGCAGUAAGCCUGGCAUACCCGUACAGUCAAGCAGUCUGUCAGCCUUUUCCCCGGCUGGGUUGCAAGCUUCCAUGUGAAUACAGUUCAUGCAGGGCUGCCAGUAGCCCGCCAGGCGACAGAUGUAGUAUGGUUGGUGUUUGCUGGUGCAUGCUGAAUCGUCUGAAAGGGUCUGGGCUUCGCACGCUGGGCCAUGCCGAUUUCUAGGAGAUAGCAUUUCGGUUCCAUCACAGGGUAUCUUCCGCGUUGCAGCAGGGUCUUUUCUCCCAGUGGGUUAGGGCCGAGGUGCUGCCGCUUGUGCUGGAGUUUCUGCUUUGGACUCUGGGUUGCCGCAUAAGGAUCUCCUCUGUAUUGCUUGUUUUUAAUGAUUUGCCUGAGCCGUGUGUGUGGAUGGCCUGGCGGUAAGUGAGGCUUCUUCGUCUCCCGUGGCGUCGACCGGGUGCCAUGGCGUUGGGCCGCUGGCCGUCGGUUUGGUCGUGGUGUCUGCUCAGGAAGGUCAGUGCUUUGUGGUGGGGCAGGUUGAUAUAGCCUGCGUUCCAGCAGCUUCCAGAACCUUUUAAAGUGUCUGUUGAUCCUCGCCAGGACGUUCUGUACAGCAUCAGUGGGGCUCUCAGCUCUUGUAAUUUCCACCAUCUUGGGUGAUGCUCACGAGGCGGCCUGUGUCUCUGCUGGGUGGACCGGGAUCUCCCCCCACCGGUCCAGAGGGGUGGGUAAUGGGGCUUGCUCAUCUUGUAUGUAUUGUCGGAGCGUCUCUAGGUCGGGAGAGCGGCCGGCUCUCCCGCCCGUUGUGUGCUAGGCCACACUGUCGGUCGCAGUAUCAGCAUGUCUUGCACGAGUCUCUUACACUCCCACUGCGUGCCCUCUGUGAAAGGGAGCCUAUGGGAGUGUGGCACCGUUGCUUGUUUCGCUGGUACCGUCUUAAAUCGCUUAUAUUGCCAUAGUUAAGCGGGAGCCCUGGAGAGACACGUCUCGUCGCCAUGAUGGAUAGGCCCCACCCCCUGGGAUAAACUUUUUUUUAAAUGUAAAAAAAAAAAAAAAAUUUUCAUAUCAAAAAUAUAUAUGUAAAAACAUAUCAAUAUUACAAAAUUAAAAUAUUUUUCACAUUAAUUUUAAUAGUUUAGCUAACAAUCAUUUGAAAAGCUUAUGUAACCAUAUUAAAACUGAGGCCUUAAAGAGGCAUUAACAGUAUAUUUUUUUUUACUAGUAGUUAGUAAUGUUUUGCUUUUUGUGUCCACUAACCAGUAACUCUCUGUUUUUUUGUGUUUAGUUACUUUCUCUUGGUGGGAAGCAGCGUCUCUUUCUGAGUGAGAUUUCUGUGCAAGUUACGUCAGUCCCUGAAAAAUGUUCUCAGGCAUCUGCUGCAUUAGGUCCAUCCAUUAAUUUGGACAGAGUGCAAAGUAUGAUGGACAGCAUGGGUGGAAAAAUGUCUCCUGGUGCAGAGCAGCUUAUGAGCAUGGUGCGUGCUCAGCAAAAGGUGAGACUUUAGAAGAGAUAACUCAUCAGAGUAACAUAAAAAAUCUAUAAAAAAACAAAACAAAAAAAAACUUUUCUGCUUUUAAAGGGAAACACCUUGGGCAAAUUCACUGCAGAUGAACCGUUUAGAACAGGGGGUGCCCAAAAGGUAGAUUCCCAGAUGUUUCCUUCCAUGAUGCCAUGUCAUUCUAAAGGAAUGCAAAGACACAUAAAGCAUGGAAGUUGAAGUUCUACAUCCAGAACAUCUGGGGAUCUACCUUUUGGGCACCUCUUGUUUAGACAGACUUCCAGUAGCUGCCACCCUCACCAGGAAAAUACUAUCCAAUCAGGAGCCUCUCAUCCUAGUCUAUGGGGUCUAUUCUUAUCCCAUAAAGAUCUGUACAGAAGUAGUUCUUGGGAUAAGUAUUUUAUCCCCAAUAUAAUUUCCACUCAUCACUUAGAUUUAGUUUACACCAGGGCUGGGAAGGUUCCCAAAUGUAGAAUUACAACUGCCACAAGUACAAAGUAUUGAACAUCUGGAAAUCUACUGUUUGCCCACACCUAGUUUGAACACAGUCCAGUUUACUGCUUAGUAGACUGGUAUAUGUUCUGUGAUCAACAGAGAUGGUGGAGGUGAACUCAGCCCCAGUUGUGCAUGUGGAUUCUCCCUGCAUAAAUUGGGGGGGGGGGGAAUCGAUUUCGGGCAACCAGAACUAAGCGUUCCAGCUCCCUAGUUGACAGUGCUGAGCUUCUGUCUUAGAGCUGCAUCAACGUUUACAAAUCACUCCCAGCCAUAAGUGAGAGCAGGUUACUCUCUGCACACAAACUUUGCAAGAGGAUUGAUUGGUUCAUAUUGUUGCUUUAAUUUUUUAUUUGUUUUCAUAUUUUGUUAGAGGAGCAUUGAGGGCAGAUUUUGUCCAAUAUAAACAUUGUAUGGUUUAUAAGGAAAUGUGAAAAUUGACAGUUUUUUACGUUUUAAUAACAUUAAUGUGUUUCCUCAUUAUAGCAUCAGAUGCCAUUCGGAAAUCACUUAUUGCAGUUUUUCAGCAAUUUCGGCAGUGGGAUAGAUAGAGUCCAGAAGCAUGAAGAAGGGGAAUCACAAAUUCCAUCAGCAAAUCAUCUUCUUGGUCAAAAGCAUGAUCUCCAUAAGCAGAAUCAAGACUUUCACCCGUCUGUGGAACCUAGCACCACCUUACAAUGCACUGGCCCACCAAACAGUAACUCAAAGACAAUACUGCCUUCAUUCUUGCAGGCUCAAAAAGGUUGCAUUGCGGGUGGGUUCAGCCCUGACUCUCUGCUACCCUUUUUGCAAAACUUGUCCGUAGAAAAUAAACAAAGUUCAACUCAGCAAGGAGCAACAAAACCAAUGUGUCAAGAAACCAGGUAAGAAACUUGUAAAACAACUUAAUGACAGGAUAGAACACCUAUAUCACUGAUGGAAUACCCUGCUAAAGUUAGAUAGAGAGACCUAAUGUUAGACAACCAUAACCACCGUCUCACUGACAAAAUAGCCACCACCUAAGGCUAUCACUGAAAAAUAAAUGUAUAAAACUAAUGACCUUAAUCAAUAGUAGAUUCAGGACUACAAUGGAAAUAGAAUAGGAUAGGCUAACUAAAUAAUCUGCCAAAACGAUAUAUAUAGUGAAAUAAUGUGCUUGUUGUAUCAAUAGGUAAUCAAACUAGAUACAAAACAGUUGUAUCCAAUUACAAACAGUGUAUCAGCUUAAUGUCAGGCUAAAAAACUACCAUAUUAUAGGUAGGGAAGCUCUGAUAAAGCUGCAGAAUUUAGUAUAGUAUCAGUUUAAUACAUAUUCCUCUGAGAAAACUGAUACAGAGAUUAACAAUGUUAUACCCAAAAAGAGGGAGAGUGUUUGGUACUCAAAGGGUUAAAAUGCUUACAGACCAAUAGUCAUAUAGUGCUACAGACAGGGUACUUUCUAUUAGAAUUUAUUAAAGAUAGACACUGUCCAAUACACACAUAUAUAAAAAAACCUUGCACUUUUCAAAUGUCCUAAUGUGGAGCAAAAAUACCAGGUUAACACACUUUAGACCUGAAAAUCCUGACCUCUGAUGAAGUGAUCAGCCAAUCCCGAAACACGUAAUCCUACACGAGUUCCCACGAGACAGCUAAGUGGAACGCAUCCAGAUCCACAGGGGAACGCUCGCGGCAGGCAUCCAGGUUUUACCAACACAAAGAGAUCCGGACUCCCUCCUAUCCGGCCGGUGAGAGGGAGAUAUGAAAAUUUUCGGGUCUAAAGUGUGUUAACCUGGUAUUUUUGCUCCACAUUAGGACAUUUUAAAAGUGCAUGUUUUUUAUAUAUGUGUGUAUUGGACAGUGUCUAUCUUUAAUAAAUUCUAAUAGAAAGUACCCUGUCUGUAAGCAUUUUAACCCUACCAAACACUCUCCUCUUUUUUGGGUAUAACAUUGUUAAUCUCUUUAUCAGUUUUCUCAGAGUAAUAUGUAUUAAACUGAUACUAUACUAAAAUCUGCAGCUUUAUCAGAGCUUCCCUACCUAUAAUAUGGUAGGUUUUUAGCCUGACAUUAAAGGACCGCUAUAGGCACCCAGACUACUUCAGCCUAAUGAAGUGGUCUGGGUGCCAGGUCCAGAUAGGAUUAACCCCUUUUUUUUUUUUUAUAAACAUAGCAGUUUCAGAGAAACUGCUAUGUUUACACUGAGGGUUAAUCCAGCCUCUAAAGCCUCUAGUGGCUGUCUCAUUGACAGCCGCUAGAGGCGCUUGCGUGCUUCUCACUGUGAAAAUGAAUGCUUUCCUAUGAGACUGGCUGAAUGCGCUCGCAGCUCCUGCCGCGCAUGCGCAUUCGGCCAAUGACGUCGCUAGGAAGAAGGAGAGGAGGAGGAAAGCUCCCCGCCCGGCGCUGGAAAAAGGUAAGAUUUUAACCCCUUCCUCUCCCCAGAGCCCGGUGGAAGGGGGACCCUGAGGGUGGGAGCACCCUCAAGUAUGUUUUCAAGUAUGUUUUCCUGGCACUAUAGUGGUCCUUUAAGCUGAUUCACUGUUUGUAAUUGGAUACAACUAUCUGUUUUGUAUCUAGUUUGAUUUCAUAUUGCUACAAGCACAUUAUUUCACUAUAUAUAUUGUUUUGGCAGAUUAUUUAAUUAUCCUAUUCUAUUUCCACUGUAGUCCUGAAUCUACUAUUGAUUAAGGUCAUUAGUUUUAUACAUUUAUUUUUAAGGUAAGAAACGUGUCUUAAACUCACUGUGCUGAGCCAUAUUCCAGAAAUCUAUGUCUAAUAUAAAAUUGCAUUUACAUAUCAGCAAAUUGCUCCAAGAUGAUAGCCAAUAAUGUUUAUUUGCUCAUUCUGAAUAAAUUAAUCAAUGAAAUGCCCAUAACGUAGUGUGAAGGACAUUUAAAAAGUUUUUACUAUUUCAGCCACCUGCAAUUUACAGUGUAAAGUAGAUGGACGGAGGUCUUCACUGAUGCUAAGGUUUCAUUUGGUAAUUAUUUUACAGUCCAACAAACCCCUAUUUAGAUGUCACACAUAAUAUAAAAAUAUUUUGUGCGGCCACAAAUAUGUAUCACAGUGUAUGUGUUUCUAUAACUUUGCCUUAUAUGCUUGAGCUCCAAUAAUAUGAACCUCCCCAAUGCUUAUUUUAUUUAUCUUAAAAUUCUGCAGAUUUAUGUGGUGUUACACAUUUUAAGCAACUUUCAUAUUUCUGCGAUUUUGGUUUGUAGGGAGACUGAAAUUGGUGCUGUCUUAGAAAGACUACUUUCUGUACAAAUGGAGCGAAUGGAGCGGGCUCUUAUGAAACAUAUUGACCAGAAAAUGAAAAUUCUGGAGGAUCACCUGGAUGUAAGACUGGAUCACUUAAUAAAUGUUAUACAGACUAGCACCACCACCUCUUCUGGAACGACAAUGGAGACAAAAAUGAAUGGAGACAGCGACCAUAGUGGAAAUGGAAAGAAUGACUGUAUUGUGCUUUCCAAGCAUUACUUAUCAAACAUGUCUGCUCAUUCUUAACAUUUUCUUAUCACUUCUUUUAAAUCAUAUGAUAGCUUGCAGCUCCCACAUGUCUUGUACAUAUUACAGCACAAAUAAUCGGGAUAAUGUGUUCUCCUUAUAAGAUAAUAUAUGGUAAAUAUUGGUAACGUGACUGUAGAUGUGCACUUGUGGCUGUGUUUCCCACAGGUAGCUGAGCGGCAUUGGGUAACGUUGGUCAGAACAAGCGCAGUGUAAAAUGCCAACUAUUGUAGAACAUUUUCAGUGAGUAUUUACACACUUUUAUACACACAAAGGCUUCACUAAAGUGCAACUUGUUGGAAAUUCAAAUUGAAUGCGAGAGUUUUAGCUAAAAUAGCCUCCCCGAAAACAUGAAUGAGUUGGAGAUUUUUUUCAAUUGGCUGUUUUGGCCCUAAAAUUUGAAAAUCAAUUUCAAUUCCUACCAAUGAUACUAAUAGUCUUUAGAGAAUAUCACAUGGACUGGACCAGUUUCCCUCACUGGAAUAAAAUAAAAAAUAAAAAUCUAUUUAACAUAGUACAUAUCUCCACUUAACAUCAGGGGUAACUACUGACAAUAGGUUAAACUGUUUGUGAAUCAGGAACAUUACCCUUUCAGCUUAUCAGAUCCUUAAAGCAAGUAUUAUCAGAUCUGUGUUUCAUAAGUAAUGGAGACAGUAUGGAGAAAAAUGAUAAUUUCUAACUAAAGGGACUCUCCGGACUAAAUAUGCACUCCUCCUUUUUAGAUAUUUAUUGAUAUACCUUUAGAUUUAAUUUCCAUCCUUAUAUUUCUAGUUAAAAAUUAAAUUAUAUCUUGUUUGUACUUUUCACUUCAGAGUAGCAGCUUCUUAGCUGCUAUUUUGUCAUUUCCAGAUUCAGUUUUGGAAGCUGACUGAGAUCCAAUCAGAGUGAAGUAAUCGUUCUCCAUGGGAAGCACUGUGAGAGGCAGAGCAAGGAGCUGGUGACUUCAUUGUCAUCCCUCCUUGCACUUUUUGCCCACUGCCCUGCCUUCUUCCCUCUUUCUCAAACAUGCUAAAGCCCUCUCCUCCUUAAAAAAAAUGGAACAGACAACCUCUGAUCUCCCAUUCCAUUAGAAAUAAUGACUAGCAUAUGUGUUAUGUAAUCAGUGUUAUUUAUCAUGUCGAUUGCAAACCGAAAUACCGGUAAUGUAUAAGAAUGGAGAACAGAUCUUCAUUAUACUUGGAUAUGGGCACAAUAGUCAUUUUAAAGUGAGAGGCUCUGCAGGUACUCUGCCUCCCUGCUCGGGCAUUACAGUAGUAAAUAAGAACUGACCAUUAAAGCUACAGCAUUUGCUCAGAACAACAAAUGCCAGAUGGGACUGUUUGGAUAUAGAAAACACAAAGACUGACUCACUGUCAUUUAUGAAUAGUUACUGCAUAUGUCCCUGGACUACUGAUGUUUGCCUUUUCUAUGUAGUUUUUGUUCCCACAACUCAGCUCUCAUUGAUAUCACAGUGGCAGAGCUCCAUACAUACACAAAGAUAAAGGCUAAUAAGGAACACUUUUAGAGUUAUUCACUAAAGUGAGAGUUGACAGGAAUUCAAAGUGCAUUUCAAAUUUAAAGUCAAAAUAAUCAAACUGAAAUCAGAAUUGACUUAGAGAUUUUUUUUUAUUUGGCCUUAAAUUUAAAUUUAUAUCCCAAAUGAAAACUUACAUUAUUCAUUUUGUCAUUGGGGGUAUAUUUAAAAACCGCUUGCAAAAACCACAGUUCUCUUGUCUGCUGCAUUUGCAAACCCUCCCCUUCUAACCCUGCCCAGACUUUCUGUGUCUGUCCAAUGACAGACUUUCAAAUGCAGCUGAAUGAGAAGUCUUUGCAAGGCAUGUGCUCUGGGCAAUUGCGCUCUCUUGAUUGUAGUGCAGAUAAGCAAACCAAACUAGGAAAUAGCAGGACCUGUUGUCUACUUGAAAAGCCAUGGGAGUGUUACCAGGUUAAUUAAGAAAUGUCAAUUUCUAUUGAAAUCUGCACUUUUUUCAAAAUGAAAUAAAGUUGGACAAACUCACACACAAAGCGUUUCAGCUAGCUAAAGUGCUUUAGGGGUUUAGAGUGUCCCUUUGAGUUAAGUCAGAAGAAAAUGGCAAUUUUAUACGGUUAUUAAUUUUAACAGUAUUCUCUGUAGAAAUAAUUUUAUUGUCUACCAGAUACUCCCUGUUCAAAAUAUAAUUGUGAAAUUGAUGAGCUGUAUGGAAACAGUUGAAUAAACGCUGUAUUAUUUUUCAGUCUGUUCCUGUUAAUAAUUCAGGAUAGUUUAGCAUGCUUGCAUUAAGAAUUUAACUAUCUAAAGCACUAUCACAAAUGUUACUUUAUUUAAUAUUCAUUACAAAUAAUAGUCCUUUUAAUCAAGUAUUGUGUGGCUGAUAUUGGAGCUUGAACUCCUAUAAUAAAGGUGAACCAUAAUUAGGUUAUCUGCCUAUAUGAGCUAUGUGGAACAAUAAGAGUAAGAAUACCUUAAUGAAAUAUGCAUGUAUACAUUCAACUAAAAGGACCAAUAAAGUCACCCAGACCACUUUUUUUUUGUAGAAACUGCAAUGUUUACAUUGCUGGGUUAAAUACACUUGUAGCGGAUUAGUAGGCACUAGGUCUUGGAAUCAAAUGCUGCUUUUUAAAAGCAUUUGAUUGAAAGAAUGUGGCGUUUGGUGACACAGGCCUAAUUCUAGUUUUUUUGAGAAACGAUAGAUUGGAGGACAUUGGGACAUUGCGUGUGAUGUCAGCUUAGAUGCUCACCUCAGUGGAGGAGGACCUGGAGGCUGCAGAGCAGUAGUCUGAGUUCUGGAAACAAGGUAAAUAAUCUUUAUUUUACUGAGGAAAGGAGGGUGAACAGUGAUCACUAUGCUGUAAGGGAACCUAUAGACCCCAAAUAACGAUUAUGGUUUAUGUCAUUUUAUUUAGGUUCCCCUAAAUCUCCCUUAAUUUGUAUGUAGCACUUGGCACCCAGUAUCUCUGUUAACAUAAUCCAAAUGUGUAAAGGAACAUACCAUUAUUAGAAACAAUUAUUUUUAUUCCAAGUGCUGGAAUUUUCUACAGUGUGUUAAGAAUACUCAUCCCUCUUUUCGCCUAAAAUAAAACUUUUACUUACCUGUAAUCCAUGGGUGAGAGGGUCUCUCAGGAGAUAAUCACUAAUUCAAGGCUUCUCAUGGGGGACUAUGUGGGAUCCUUCUGGACAUGGGCUGCAAUCGCCACACUGCCCCAGUAGAAUGGGGCUGAUGCUCUCAACAUUUUCCCUCAGAUGGGCAAAUCUGUUCAGUUGCAAAAAUUCAGGGCUAGCUAAUCCUUUCCUUUUCCAUUCUACUAUGUAAAACUGUUCCCCAGCUGUCUUAUCGCCUCCCACUCCACUAGAGGCCCCAACUAACUCUGCUCAGCGAGCACAGACCCCAUUCGAGAUUGUCAAUCCGUCCCAAUAUUGCAAUUCGCUUCUUCAGAUCUCCGAUACUUUAUGAUGUUUGAACUCCACAUGCAAACUAAAUGAUUGGUGAGGUUAUAUAAAUUACAGAUUACAAAAAAAUUACAGUUCAAAAAGAAGCAAAAAUGUAGUCACACUCUAAUGUCGUUUUUGCAAAGCAUUUUAUACAUCAAAUCUUUGACCUUUACUUCUGAUGAGUGAAUGAUGAGAAGAUAUGAAGUUUAGACCAAUGAGGAAAUAUCAUUGAUGCAACUGUAUAAAGCACAACUAUUAAUUUCCAUGGGGUUAGGUCUUCAAAAUCAGUCAUCAUACAUCUAUGCACUUACCAUAAUGUCUAAACAAUAAUUUGUGAUACGAAGAAAAUGUGCAGUAGAUAAAGCAUAAAACAAGUGCAAUUAAAAAACAUCAGUCCAUAUACCUUUCUCAACUUGCCUCGAGUGGGGGCAUAUCUGCUAAACAGCAAGCAGCCAGUCAAUGCUCGCUGUCUUAAUCAAAUAAAUUUCAGCUGUGAGCCAUUCGGUUAUUCUAUAAUUCUGACAAUGGCAGCUUUGUAUUCUUUUUCUGACUUGAUUGUCAUUCUUAAGAAUACAAUUACAAUUACUAAUAUAGCUCCAACAUAUUCUGGAGAGCUGUACAAUAGGUAAAGAAGACAACAGUAGCUGAAGAGGACCCUGCUAAUACAAGCCUACAAUCUACAGAUUUCUCAUAAUUAGGGUCUAUACUAAAAAUUAGGCUCAAAAAGUCUGCCAAUUUAAGUUCUCCUCUAUCUGUCUUGUGUUAUCUUCA